AUGUCUGACACCGUCAAGACCGCGGCCAUUGUACCGACCAGCUCUGUCGCAGUUAUCAAACCACAUCCAGACAGCCACGGACAAGUGGUGAAGCUUUCUGCGAUCGAUCAGAUUGCGCCUAGAGACUAUAUGUCGAUAUGCCUAUUUUUCCGACUGGGUCCAGAUGCGGAUAAGAGACAAAUCUUCAGUGUCCUCCAGGAAACCCUCUUGAGAAUCGUGAGUGACAUGCCGGAGCUUGCGUGCUGCGUGCAGAAACACACCAAUAACAACCGUGAAGAAGUUGAGCUUGUAUUCGACUCCAGCAAGGGUGUUGAAAUCCAUUACAAAGACCAUACCUCACCUGAGCUUUGUGGUCUGUGGAACUUUGGCACGUUCGACCAACUUGAGCAGGAACACUUCCCUCUCAACAAGAUGCCAAGGCACAUUGUUUUCGGAACGUCCGCCAAGCUGGAGGACAACGUGAAGCUUCCAUCUCUUAUUGUACAACUCAAUUUCAUACCUGGAGGGCUGAUACUUGGAAGCUGCCUACAUCAUGUGGCUGGUGAUGGUCAAUGUAACUUCAUGUUAUAUUCUACCAUAGGCGCUCACUUUUCUGCUGUGGCCGAUGGGCUAGACAGCAAACCUACCUCGAAAAUCCACCUUCUAGAGAGAAGUGGUGUCGUUGAGGGCGAUCAGAGUGUGACGCUCGAAGAAUUCCCUCACUGGAAGCUCGCGGAAGACACUACCGAGUUCCUCAAUCCAACGGUGUACAGAGCUAGUGAGAUUCCCACAUUCGAAUAUGCUACGUACUUUAUCUCGGCCGAAAAGCUUGCCUUACUCAAAAGCCGCAUCUCGAACAAUGUUCCCGAAACCAAGCUCGGCACAGUCGAAACAUUGGGUGCCUUCAUCUGGCGUCACAUAAUCGUGGCCAGAAAUAUCAAUCCUCGGAGGUAUCCCGAGGCGAAGCUUUCCAUCACCAUUGAUGCUAGGGGCCGUAUGAAAAACCCCAAUGUCCCAUCCAACUAUUGGGGGAACUUUGCCGAACCAAACGCAGUGGCCAGGCUACCCGUUGCCAGUCUUCAAGGCGCAUCGUCAUCAACGAAACAUCUUACGAGCACCAUCUACCCCGAGGCAGCGCGCCGCAUCAAAAAAGCGAUAGCUGCGGUGGAUGAUAAAGCAGUCAGGCGCCUUGUCGGUCUCCUUAAUCAGAUGCCCAAAAGUACGACAUUAACUUGGAACGUCAACCGCUACCCUGGCCCGGACAUGCUUCUUGUCUGUAUCCAGGGUCAUGCGUACAAUGACAUCUACUUCGGCCAUGAGCUUGGUUGUCCUUCAGCAUUGCGAUGCACUGUGGGUGACACUGAGGGUAAACCUGAUGGCCGUUGUCUGAUUCUGCCACCUCGCCGCGGCGACGGUAAAGGUCUUGAGGUCGCGCUGCAGUAUGACAAUAGCACACUGAAGAGGCUUGAGAAUAAUAUCGAGUUUGGGGAGUUUUUUUAUCAAUGGAUGGUCAUUUGA